GACUCUGUAUUCCUCAAGGUUUUGUUUUCCUGCCUCUCCUCUUCCACUUGGGGGGCGAGGGGGGAGAUUCCCUCUUUGUUGACAGGACCUCAUUCUCCAUUCCACGCAUUUUUCAUUCCAUCUGUGUUUCCUCUUCCCCUCAGUCCCUUUCCCUUCCUUCUAUGAUUGCAAACAAACACACUCUAACUCCCUGACUUUCUCCUGGCACUCAGCUUCAGGUGGUCUCAACUUUUCGGUAGAUUUUGGAUGCUGGGUGGGGAUGUGGGGUGUUCUACUGCUUCAGAGUCGACUGUGCAAACCCCACUAAUCCUCAAUUUGAGCUCUUUUGGGUCAUUCUGGGUGUCCUUUCAGUCUUCGGUCUUUUUUUUUUUUUUUUUUGCUGGAGUUGAUCCGAAGCAUCUGCCUUCCCAAGGAAUAUCCCAAGAAACCUUUGCGAAGCAGCUGAGCUGGGAUGAAGCUGGCUUGGUCAGGCUUUUAUGUGAAAACCUUCCUACUGCGGUGCAGAUUUGGACUAACCACCUCCCUCCAUCCUGGAGUUGUGACUCCUGUGUCAGGUGACAUACGUAUAUUUAUGUGAUCAGGUCAGGAGCAUCUUAAUCUCUCUUUUUGCUGAUGACUUUAAUAUUUGCUUCUUCAAAAUGACCCCCUCCAGCACAAUUAUGCAUUUCACUUUCACUGGGACAUCAGAGAAGUGCCACUGGAUGACUUGUGACUUUUACUAUGGGACGGGUAGAGUUUGGCACAGACCAUGAAGUCCACUGAAAUAUUCCACUUUCUGUGGAACCCAACUACAGAGCCUCAGAAAUUUUUAACUGCUUUAUGUCUUUUUUGUGAUCUGGGGAAGAAUCAAUGACCCUGUCACACAAACACCUUUCUUUCAGACUUGAAUAAUACUUGAAAGCCAAAUGCUGCCUUUUUUUUUGGCCGGUGAGAAGUGAUUGCUAUGCAAAAGAAAAGAAAAGAAAAGAAUUUUGAUACCGAUCUGAAGGAAAAUGACCUCUCCCUGCCCUGGGUGAGAUCUAGUAUUGGCUCACCCAGUGGAAGAUCAGGGACAAGACUUCUUCUUCCCCUCUUAACUUAAAAAACUUAAAAAAUAAAUAAAUUAGUGGCUUUUGUGGCUGCUAAGUGGAACUUCUAAUAUAGUGUUCUGAGAAAGAAGCAGUGUCUGGAAAAAUGUGCUCUGCCUCUUGACUUGAACCACAUGCCUUGAGUGAUCUGGUCUCCGUCCCACGCUACCCCCAAGGAACACACUUCCUUGUGAAGGUAUCUCUGCCAAUCUGGAAGGUUGGUGUCUUCUCAGGUCGGGACCACCCACCUUUCAAUACUUUAUGGGUCAGCAGCCUGGAAAAGUUCUUGGGGACCAGCGGAGGCCGAGUCUGCCCACACUUCACUUUAUCAAAGGCCCAGGGAAGAAGGAAGCAUCCAGGCAUGGGUCUGCCCACUGCAACAUCUUUCUGGUUCACGAAGCGCUUCAGAGGCCAGUAGCCUCUGAAUUUGAGCCCCAGGGCCUAAGUGAAGCCGUCCGCUGGAACUCCAAGGAGAAUCUGCUUUCAGGUCCCGGAGAAAAUGACCCCAACCUUUUCGUUGCCCUGUAUGAUUUUGUAGCAAGUGGAGACAACACUCUCAGCAUAACUAAAGGUGAAAAGCUCCGCGUCUUGGGCUAUAACCACAAUGGGGAGUGGUGUGAGGCUCAGACAAAGAAUGGGCAAGGCUGGGUCCCCAGCAACUACAUCACCCCCGUGAACAGCUUAGAGAAGCACUCAUGGUACCAUGGGCCAGUGUCACGCAAUGCAGCAGAGUACCUACUGAGCAGUGGGAUCAACGGUAGCUUUCUGGUGCGGGAGAGUGAGAGCAGUCCAGGCCAGCGGUCCAUAUCGCUGAGAUACGAGGGAAGGGUUUACCACUACCGGAUCAACACUGCAUCUGACGGGAAGCUCUAUGUGUCUUCGGAGAGCCGCUUCAACACUUUGGCCGAGCUGGUCCACCAUCACUCGACCGUGGCAGAUGGGCUGAUCACCACUCUGCACUACCCAGCCCCCAAGCGCAACAAGCCCACAAUCUAUGGUGUGUCCCCCAACUACGACAAGUGGGAGAUUGAACGGACAGACAUCACCAUGAAGCACAAACUUGGAGGGGGCCAGUAUGGCGAGGUAUACGAAGGUGUCUGGAAGAAGUAUAACCUCACAGUGGCAGUGAAGACCUUAAAGGAGGACACUAUGGAGGUAGAAGAAUUCUUGAAAGAAGCAGCGGUAAUGAAGGAGAUCAAGCAUCCAAACUUGGUGCAAUUACUGGGCGUAUGCACACGGGAGCCUCCGUUUUACAUCAUCACCGAGUUUAUGACAUAUGGAAACCUCUUGGAUUACCUGCGGGACUGCAACAGGCAGGAGGUGAAUGCUGUUGUGCUCCUCUACAUGGCCACCCAGAUCUCCUCUGCUAUGGAGUACCUAGAGAAGAAGAAUUUCAUCCACAGGGACCUGGCUGCCCGGAACUGCCUCGUUGGGGAGAACCACCUGGUGAAGGUGGCCGAUUUUGGUUUGAGCCGGCUGAUGACAGGUGACACCUACACAGCUCACGCCGGCGCCAAGUUCCCCAUCAAGUGGACUGCACCGGAAAGUCUCGCCUACAACAAGUUCUCCAUCAAAUCUGACGUCUGGGCCUUUGGUGUCUUGCUUUGGGAAAUCGCAACGUAUGGGAUGUCUCCCUACCCUGGGAUUGACCUCUCUCAAGUCUAUGAGCUCCUGGAGAAGGACUACCGAAUGGAACGACCUGAGGGCUGUCCAGAGAAAGUCUAUGAGCUCAUGAGAGCAUGCUGGCAGUGGAGCCCAUCCGAUAGGCCUUCCUUUGCAGAAAUCCACCAAGCAUUUGAAACUAUGUUUCAGGAAUCCAGCAUUUCUGAUGAGGUGGAGAAAGAGUUGGGGAAGAAAGGAAUGAGAAGCGUAGUAAGCACCUUACUACAAGCUCCAGAACUGCCAACAAAGACAAGAACAUCCAGAAGAGGAGCUGAAUGCAAAGAAACCAAUGAGAGCUUGGAGGCAGGACCCACCAAAGGGCCAGGGGAAUCCGAUCCCGCGGACCACGAGCCAGCAGUGUCCCCCUUGCUGCUGCGGAAGGAGAGGGGCCCUGCAGAUGGGGGCUUGAAUGAGGAUGACCGCUUGCUCCCGAAGGACAAGAAGACCAACCUCUUCAGCGCCCUCAUCAAGAAGAAGAAGAAGAUGGCUCCCACCCCUCCAAAGCGGAGCAGCUCCUUCCGGGAGGCAGAUGCCCACCUGGACCGCAAGGGAGGGGGUGAGGAAGAGGGCAAGGAGGGCAGCAACGGGGCUGCAUUGGCAGACCCUGAGGACCGCUCCAGGUUCCAAGGUGCCAUCAGUGAGGCUGGAGUCACCAAUGGGACUGUGUCUGGGAACUCAGGGUUGCUUUCGCCCAACCCCUGGAAAAAAUCUGGCCCUGCCACCAAUAGCCGGCCAGGGGCCAGUGAGGAAGAGAACAGCUUGAACGCUGCCAGCAAACGCUUCCUGCGAUCAUGCUCAGCCUCCUGCGUGCCCCAUGGGACCAAGGACACAGAGUGGAAGUCGGUCACCCUGCCCCGGAACCUGCAAUCCACAGGGCGUCAGUUCAACUCGUCCACCUUUGGGGGGCACAAGAGCGAGAAGCCUGCCCUACCUCGGAAGAGGGCCAACGAGGCAAAGGCAGAUGUGGUCACCCGGGGGACAGUGACUCCACCUCCUCGGCUGCUCAAGAAGAGCGAUGAGGCGCCCGAAGACGUCUUCAGAGAUGCCGAGUCCAGCCCAGGUUCCAGCCCACCCACACUGACGCCGAAACUUAGCCGGAGGCAGCAGCUUGUGCCUCCUUCUGCCAGCCUUCCUCACAAAGAGGAAGGCAUGAAAUCCAGUGCCUUAGGAGGUGGGUUGGGAGCAGAGCAGAGCCCCUGUGCCAAAGCUGGCAUCUUCCUCAGCAAAGCCCCUGCUGAAGAGCCCCGGCUGAGGAAGGCAAAACAGCUUUCGGAGAAAGACAAGGGGAAGCUCUCCAAGUUGAAACCAGCCCCGCCCCCUCCACUCUCGUCCUCGUCUUUUUCCAUAGGGAAAAGCAGCAAGGGGGGUCUUAGCCCGGGACAUGAGGAGACACCCAUGCCAAAGGGCAAGCAGCCAGCUCAGGCCACAGACUCUUCAAGCGUUGAGGCCCCCAAGUCCAAUCUGUUAGCGGAGGGGAUGAAAAAGCCUGCUAUCUCCUCUGUACCAAAGCCCCCAUCCUCCACAAAACUGCUGCUGAUGGCAGCCUCCCCCUCCACUACUUCUCCCUCAUCUGCCCCAAGUGUUGACCAGCCUCCCUCUACAGCCUUCAUCCCCCUCAUCUCCACUCGUGUCUCCCUACGAAAGACCCGCCAGCCCCCAGAGAAGAUUGCCAGUGGUGCCGUCACCAAGGGGAUGGUCUUGGAGAGCUCUGAGGCUCUGCGGACGGCCAUCAGCAAGAACUCCGAGCAGAUGGUGAGCCACAGUGCCGUCCUGGAGGCAGGCAAGAAUCUCUACACUUUCUGCGUCAGCUAUGUGGACUCCAUCCAGCAGAUGCGGAAGUUCACAUUCCGGGAAGCCAUCAACAAGCUGGAGAACAGCCUCCGGGAACUCCAGAUCUGCCCUACCGCAGUCACCGGGGGCCCCUCUGCCACCCAGGACUUCAGCAAGCUGCUCAGUUCUGUGAAAGAAAUUAGUGACAUCGUCCAGAGGUAGCAGAAGCCACUGGAUGCCUGUAACUGGGGAAGAUGAUGGGUUGUUGCACAAUUGAGUGCAGAUGCAGGACUAGGGGGUGGGAUGGAGGGCAUCAGUUGGGACUGGCCCAAGACAUUUUGUGGCCUGGGGCAAAACAAAACAGCCCCAAAAUCAUCACACAUAUUAACUAACACAGGGUGAUGUCUUCUGCGCUUGACCCAACUGAACCCAGUGGGUCCCAGGAAAUACAAUUCAAGGGGUGUGUGAGGCUGUGAAGCUCACUGAAGUGAAGCAGGUCUGGAUCUGGUCGCUGCCAGAACAGGAGGCUUCCCAGGAGAUACAUAGGUGCACCACCUGGGGUCCUGUGAUGGAAAGAAGUCAAUACACAAACAGACACAGAAAGUGUGCAAGAACAGCUCCCCUCAAUUUUAGCCAGGGGUUACACAGGAUCCUCUGAGGGUUUUUACCUCUCCCCCUCCCUCUGUGUCACCCUUAAGGCUCUCAAAACCCUCUGCCUCACCUUGAACCACCCUGUCCUAUCUGCCUGUUCAUUGCAAGUCUAGCCCCUGAACCAGAGACUCAUUGAGAGAUGGUCCACCCAUCCACAUCCCUCUCUCCCUCUCCCCUUUCUAACCCAGAUUCCCUGCUGCCUCGAAAUCCUCUUAUCUGCGGAGUUCUCGCCUUGAGGGGAAAUGACUGAACAGUGUUGAGGCUGGCAUCAUUUUCUUUUAUUCCUGUUUAAUGUUUCAUUCUUUUUGGACUAACCUGUAUGUUGGAGGCUGUGCUUAAUGGACGCUGCUGCCUGGACCAGCUUUCCUGGCCAAAAGGUGUAUGGAGGAGGUCUCUUCAAGUUCCUUCCUCCUCUUCUCCCCUGUAUGGUGUUUUAUUCCACACCUGCCCUUCUCCACUUCCCUGUCUUCUGCACCAGAUCUCUGUUUUUUCCAGUUUGGAACUGGCUAGCGAAGGGGACAGAGGGAGGAGGAGAUAUUGGCAAUGAUGCAAAAGCCCUGUCUUGCCAGGAGGACCUGAGCAAUUAUUAUGCCCCUUUGCCCCCAUGUUCCCACCACUAUCUGUAUCCACCAUCCAGGGGUCCCUUACCUUACCUUACCUUACCUUACCUUAGACCUGUUCUGGUGGUGAAAAACCACCACCACCACCGCAUUCCUGUCUUUCCAGUAAACAGCCUAGCCAAAUUAUUUCGAAAAUGGCAUGAUUCAACCAGGGUGUCAGUUAAAGCAGAAACCCCCCUAAAUGUAUGCUGGUGGUGAAUUGCUAGCAUCUGACUAGAAAUUAAAAUGGGAGCUGUAAAUCUCUUCCC